GACUUUUAUUAAAAAUUAGUUGAUGUAUCAAUGCAAAUCAGAAGUUUUCAUGAACUAAAGAAAUCUGCUAGCUUUGUUUGGCAUAAAGCCAUAGCAAGAUCCUCAAAAUUCUGAUGAGUUUGUUUUCGAAUCUUUAUGAGCCUGCUAGGUGUACUUUAUUAACACGAAGCUCUAAGGAAUCUCUUUGCUUUAUUGUUGGCUAGGGGAAAAAAUAUCUUUUGAAGUAGUUCAUAGAAGUAACUCUCGCCUGCUUUCAGCUUUUUAACCAUAUGUAAUAAAAUUUGGAAUCUCGUGUUUGAAGAGGAGACGUAUUCAACAAAUUGUUUUCUGGCGUGCAAAAACUGUAUAGCCUCCUUCUUUAUCAGCUUUGAAAGAUGGAGCAAGGAUUUGACUUACUCACCAGGUUCAAAUUAAAUUAAAUUUAAUAACAUCUUUCAAAAUUUUAUAAAAUUCAUUAGCAGAAGUUAAUCUCCAAAGAAAACUGGAGAACACGAAGUGUUCUGACAAUUCUUAUAGGCAAGGUAGCUGAUGCUUACACUAUGAGACCAUUCAGUCUUGGGAAUAGAAACUGCCCAGGCCAGUCCCUUGCCAUAUUAGAGCUGAAUGUGUUUUUAGCCUACUUCGUCACCCACAUGAAUUGGGAGUUCUCACAAGAAGACCUCCAGCACGAAGGAAUUGGCUUCGCAAUGGGCACUCAAUCUGAGGCAAAGAUCAAGGUUUCCUCUAAAUAA